AUGUGGAGUUAUUUUAUAUUUUUAUUGUUUCUUCAAGAGGAAUCAUAUAAAAUACAAUAUAAUCUAUCAGAUUAUUUUUUGUAUCCAAGAAGUGAAGUGAAUCUAAAGGUUCUUUCUGAUGUUGAUAAACCAGAAAUCGAUUUAUCUUUACAUCAGAUCAUCGACCAAUUAUCAGCAGCUUCAAUGGAUGUAGGCAUUGGAUAUUAUUCUGAUCCUAAUAAAUCUAUUUAUUUAUCUAUUUCUUGGAAAAUAUCCCUUGCUCACUUUUGUGAACAUAUGCUAUUUAUGGGUUCAUCAAAAUAUCCUGAAGAAGCGGGCUUUUCUUUUUACAUUAGGGAGAAUAGUAGUAAAUAUAAUGCGUAUGCACAUUGGAUAAAUUUUCCAACUUCUUUAUUUCACUUGUUUUCAAGAGAUUCUGUUGAUCGUGAACUGCGUGCAAUUCAAUUAGAAUUUGAGUUAUAUAAACAAUCUAAUUUAUGGCGUUUGCAACGAAUUGAGAAAACACUUUCAAGUAAAGAUUUUCCAUAUUAUAAAUUUGGUGUAGGGAUUUUCCAAACAUUAAUAACUGAUCCAAAAAAUAACGUUAAAGAAUUUUAUAAAACAUAUUCUACGAAUUUGAUGAAGCUUGUUGUAUACUUCUCUGAAAUUCCUAAUAAAGAUAUUCAGAAGUCCAUCCAAUAUUGGUAUAAAUUGAACCUUGGCAUUAUAAGAAUAAAACUUACGUUUCCUGUUGAAACACAAAAUAAGGCAUCUGAUUUCCUUCAUAGACAUUUAUUAGCACAAGAAUGGUUAGUUUCUUUUAGCGCCUAUGUUGAAAAUAUGGGACUAGCUGAAUAUCAAGUAAUAGUAGCAAUAUUCCAAUAUUUGAAAUUGCUUAAAGCUAUACAAAGAACAAGUUUAAAUUAUUCAAAUCUGUUAAAUUUCGGAUUGAUUAAAGAAUACAGUUCAGUGGAUAUUAAGAGUUUAUUAAAUUCGUUGCGUCCAGAUGAAUAUUUACUUUCUAUCUCUUCUAGUAGCCAACCUGGUAAUUGGAAUUUAAAGAAAUGUUGGUAUGAAUCAGAAUACAAAGUUGAGUCUUUGCCGGAACAUUUGUGCAGCAAUAAUUUAACAGCUAAUAAUAUGUUUAAAUUAUCUGCUAUGAACAAAUACAUUUCGAAAAAGUGUUCAAGUCAUAUCUUGAAUAUACCAGUGAAUUACUUCAUUACUGGUAUAUGGAAGAUGAUAGACAUUCUUCUUCUAAAACAUGUUUAUUUUUAUUUUUCAAAAUGCAUUAAUGAAAACAAUACAUCGGAUAUUACUUAUGUUAUUCUAGUCCAGAAUAUUCCAAUACUCCUAUACAAGAAGCACUAUAUUUAUAUAAAUAUGUUGGCACGUAACAUUUCUGAAAUAAAAUAUUAUUCAGAAACUACAAGGAAUCAAGUUUCUAUAUUUCCAGAUAAAUUAGGAUUUCAAUUAUUAGUACUUGGUUAUAGUGACAAAUUAUUUGUAUUGUAUCAAGGUGUUUUAGACGCUAUUUUAAAAUUUGUGCCUACCUCUUUUAUGUUUAAUCUUACUUUACAGCCUUCUCUACUCUCAUCAUUUCAUGAAGUACGAUUUUCUCAGAUUUUUGUAGAGGCAUUAGCAGUUGGAGUGCUUCCAAAAAAUGCAUUGCUCAUUAUCAAAAAAUCUUUAAAACCUAUUACUCUAUACAAUUCUCAUCCACUUCCAGAUUUCAUACACGAACAUCUAUUCUUGAAAAAGAGAAUGUCAUUCUCAAACAUUAACCAUGAUAAUGCCCAGUCCUGUAUCAUUUAUAUUACUAUUACAAGUGCAGGGGAUCCAUUUUAUUUAGAAUUGGCGGCAAUUAUAGAUGCUAUAACUGAUGAAGAAUUUGAAGUUUAUGUUAAUUCAAUUACUCAUAAAUUUUUUUACAUGCCUGAAAACAUAUUUUCAGAUGCAAAUUUAUAUUGGGAUAGUAUCUUUACAGGAUUAUACCAUUUUGAUUUCGCUAGUACAGCACUUGAUGUUCUAAAGAAUUUAACAAAAGAUGAUUUAAAACUUUUUUCUACAGAUAUUUCUAUCCUGAUUCACCUAUCUAAGCCUAAACUAUCAAACUUUGAAGAAUUUAUACGGAAAUUACUUGUAAAGAAAUACUCGGAUACAGAUAUUUCCAUAAUAGAAUUAAAACGAAAAGCUUUAGAGAAUUAUAAUUCAAUAAACAUUUGGGAUCCAGUAAUAUUUAAAAGCUCUUUGAGAUUAUCAUCUGCUUCUGUUCCAUCAUUACCACUUGAGGCAUACAAAAAACCUUGA